UGCACAUGUCAGAAACGGAUAGAAUAAUUAAUCAUAUAAUGAAGGAAAACAGAAAUUGACAGACCAUGCACAAAAUUGUCUCGCCAUCGAAUGUGACGUCAUCAACAAAAUACUCGACCUUGUCGGUCGAGGGAAAGACCACAAAACGAUAGUAGAAUCACAAUUUGUCACAUCAAAGGUCUUUUUCGUGUAUGCCGAUAUAAUGCUUCCAAAUGUGUUCAAUUUGUGAUGCAUUUGCAUUUAAUUUGGAAGUUUCGCUUUGUCUUUGUUGUUCAACACAGAAGAAAACGUUCUUCCCCACCCCCUAUUUCCUCUGCUGUGACGGAAGUAACUCGUAUUGCUGAGGCCUCAUCCUUCCAAUGGCGACUGAAAACAGGCUGAAUAGAAAGCGGGAGCAACCGUGGAGGGGGUCAGAGCAGUGUAACCGAAAUUAAAUAAAUAUAUCAUACUCUCACUAGUCAUAAAGUUAGUUUAAAAUUGUACACCCACCAAAUCACGGCCGAUUCAAUGGCCAAAAAUCGGAAUAUUUCGCUCCUUGAAUCGGAGUUGUACUACUUGAUCUCUCGUUUUCUAACAACGGGUCCAUGUCGACGAGCGGCUGAGGUUCUAGCAAGCGAACUGGAAGAAUAUCAGCUCUUACCCUGUCGGUUAGAUUGGCAAGGCAAUGAACAUCCAAGAUCAUACGAAGAUUUGGUUGCUGCCAAUAGACAUAUCGCACCGGACCAUUUGCUGCAGAUAUGUAAGCAGGUUGGACCCAUUUUGGACAAAGAGGUGCCGUCCUGUGUUCCAGGUGUACACUCACUCCUGGGAACAGGGAAACAGUCCUUACUCCGAAAAUCAAAAGCCUGUGGCGAUGUUCGGUGGAAAGGUUCAUCAUAUGCAGCCCUCCAUAGGGGCAGACCACCAGAGAGGCCUUUGAGCUGCAAAAAUCCUCCCAACCUUGUGGAGGUGCACCGAGGUAGAGAGCUGACAGGAACUCAGUGUUACAACACCAUCCACCCCGUGAGCAACUAUCAGCACAUGCGGAUGCACAGGCGCAUUCUGGGUCAUCUGUCUGCCGUCUACUGCAUCGCUUUCGAUCGAUCCGGACUCCGGAUUUUCACCGGCUCGGAUGACUGCCUGGUGAAGAUCUGGUCGUCGUUUGACGGGCGUCUCCACACGACCCUGCGGGGACAUUCGGCGGAGAUCACGGACCUGGCGGUCAGCUACGAGAACACGCUGAUCGCGGCGGGCAGCUGUGACAAGACCAUCCGCGUCUGGUGCCUUCGUACCUGCGCCCCCGUGGCUGUGCUACAGGGGCACAGUGGAUCCAUUACCUCCCUACAGUUUUCACCAUUUGCCAAGGGCUCCAAGAGAUACAUGCUGUCCACUGGAACUGAUGCAACGGUCUGCUUCUGGCAGUGGGAUGUCAACAACAUCAAUUUCAGUGAGCGCCCGCACAAGUUUACAGAGAGACCCAGGCCAGGAGUUCAGACUGUGUGCUCCUCAUUCAGUCCAGGUGGCAUGUUCUUAGCCACGGGGAGCACUGAUGAUGUCAUCAGAAUAUAUUACCUGGGCUGUGGAAACCCUGAAAAAAUAUCUGAGCUUGAUGCCCACACGGACAAGGUGGACAGCAUCCAAUUUUGCCACUCAGGAGAAAGGUUUGUGAGCGGCAGCAGAGACGGCACGGCGAGGGUCUGGAGGCUCCACCAGCGCCAGCAGUGGCGAAGUGUCCUGCUCAACAUGGCGGCCACUCUGCCGGGUUCUGAACCAACGUCGUCGGAGGAGAGCUUCGUCAAGCCCAAGGUGACCAUGGUGGCGUGGGAUCGCCACGACAACUCGGUCAUCACGGCGGUGAACAACUAUCUCCUCAAAGUGUGGAACUCCUACUCGGGACAGCUGCUACACAUCCUCAAAGGCCACGAGGCCGAGGUGUUUGUCCUGGAGCCCCACCCGUUCGAUCCCCGGAUCAUCCUGUCCGCGGGCCACGACGGCAACGUCUUUGUGUGGGACAUCGUCAAGGGAACCAAGACCCAGCAUUACUUCAACAUGAUUGAGGGCCAGGGCCACGGGGCCGUCUUCGACUGCAAAUUCACCCCAGACGGCCAGCGCUUCGCCUGCACUGAUUCCCACGGCCAUCUGCUCAUCUUUGGCUUCGGCAGCUCCAAGCCGUAUGAAAAGCUUCCAGACCAGGUGUUCUUCCACACAGACUACAGGCCCCUGAUCCGGGACUCCAACGGCUUCGUCCUGGACGAGCAGACCCAGCAGGCCCCUCACCUCAUGCCCCCGCCCUUCCUGGUGGACGUGGACGGGAACCCCCACCCCCCCAGGUACCAGCGCCUGGUCCCGGGCCGGGAGAACGUGGCAGCCCAGCACUUGGUGCCCCAGCUUGGAUACGUCGCCACAAGUGACGGAGACGUGGUGGAGCAGGUGAUCAGCCAGCAGACGGCAGACCACGACGAGUCCGGCCGCAGCGUGCUGGACGAGGCCAUCAGGCAGCUGCGGAUGCAGCAGGACAGGCAGGGCCGCCCGGAGCCCCCUGCUCCCGGCACCCCUCGCAGAGCAUCUGUGAACGAGCGCGCCGACGUGCAGUCGCCCCCCAACGUGGGGCUGCGGCGCAGCGGCCAGGUGGAGGGCGUCCGGCAGAUGCACCAGAACGCCCCGCGCAGCCAGAUGGCCACGGAGAGGGACCUGCAGGCGUGGCGCCGCCGGGUGGUGGUGCCCGAGCUCACGCCCAGCGGGUACAGGAGCCAGGAAGAUUUCCGGACGGCCAAAGGAGAGGACGAGAUCGCUCUGUACAUCGCCAAGAAGCGUCGACUGACCUACGGCAGCUGCAGGGACGACUCUGACGACGAGUUGCCCUGCGUCAAGCGGCCUCCGUCCCGCAAGAAGCAGAAACCGGCCCUGGGGCGAGACUUCCUCGAUGUGUCAUGCGAGGAAGGCGAAGAGACGGCCACCUCGGAGGAUCAUGAAAUGGAAGGCAGCGAACUGGACUCCUCGAACGAGGAGGAGGAGUGGAAGAGCGACACAUCAAGCCACUCGUCCAGCGAGUACUCCGACUGGACGGCAGACGCCGGGAUCAACCUGCAGCCUUCCACCCCGCUGUCGUCGCGGAGACGCGUCCGGCGCCAGAUCAGCAGCUCCGACGAGGACGAGGAAGAGAACGAGGAGGAGGAGGAGAAGCUGCAGCCCAGCGACGAGGAAGAGCGGCCGGCGCAGAAGACGAGCAAGCAGAAAUCCAAAAAGCCCAAAAGCAAGAUGCUCAAGCGUCCCAAAGCCCGGCCAUCGAUCAACCGAGAAGUAUCCAACGAGUUCCGUCCGUCUGCAUGGAUCACUGACGUCAUUCCCAGAAAGUCCCCCUUCGUUCCCCAGAUGGGAGACGAGGUGAUCUACUUCCGGCAGGGUCAUGAGGCGUACGUGGAGGCCGUGAGCAGGACCGAGCUGUACCCCAUCAACAUGGACAAGCAACCCUGGAGGAAGAUGGAGCUGAGGGACCAAGAGUUUGUGAAGAUAACGGGGAUCAAGUACGAGGUGUGUCCUCCGACGCUGUGCUGCCUGAAGCUCACCCUCAUAGACCACGGCACGGGCAAGAUCACAGACAAGUCCUUCUAUGUCAAGUAUCACGACAUGCCAGACGUGAUCGAUUUCCUUGUGCUGCGGCAGAGCUACGACGACGCACGCAGUCGGGUCUGGCAACCGAAUGACCGAUUCCGGUCGGUUAUCGACGACGCCUGGUGGUUUGGGACCAUAGUGUGUCAGGAGCCCUAUCAGGCCGAGUACCCUGACAGCCACUUUCAGUGCUUCAAAGUCCGAUGGGACAACGGGGAAACGGAGAAGCUGAGUCCGUGGGAUAUAGAAGCUAUUCCAGAGGAUGCCCAGCAGCCAGACUCGGUGGGGGGGGGAGUCCCGGUGACGGCAGAGGAGAUGAGGGAGGUGAUGUAUAAGCCCCAGGCCGGGGAGUGGGGCGACAGGAGCCGAGACGACGAGUGCGAGCGCAUCAUAGCUGCCCUAGACCAGCUCAUCACCGUGGACAUCGUAGCUCCGUUCUCUGGCCCCGUGGACACCGUCCAGUACCCGACCUACUGCACAGUGAUCGCCUACCCCACAGACCUGGGAACGAUCAGAUUGAGACUGAUCAACAGGUUUUACAGGCGGCUGUCAGCGCUGAUUUGGGACGCGAGAUACAUCGUGCACAACGCCCGCAUCUUCAAUGAGCCCCGGAGCAAGAUAGCGCACUCCGCAAAGCUCAUCACGGACGUCCUCCUGAAGUUUGUCAAUAAACCGAGCUGCACCGACGUCAUGGAGAUCUACAAGGCUGUCGAGGAGAUGGAUUACACGGACGAUGAGGACCUGGACGACGUGGAGGCCCCCGGCACGUCGUCAGGAUCCAGACUGCGCCAGAACUCGGUGGAGGCUGUGCCUGACAGAGAUGCCUGGAAGGGAAUGUGCAAGCGCCUGCUCAACUACAUCUUCGAGUGCGAGGACUCUGAGCCCUUCAGACAGCCUGUGGACCCUACCUCAUACCCAGACUACCUAGACAUCAUCGACACGCCCAUGGACUUUGGCACGGUGAAGGGGAACCUGGAUGAGGACCGCUACGAGAACCCCAUCGAAGUCUGUAAAGACACCAGGCUGAUUUUUGUCAACGCUAAGGCCUACACGCCGAACAAACGGUCCAAGAUUUACAGCAUGACCUUGCGUCUCUCCGCCUUUUUCGAAGAGCGAAUCAGAACAAUCAUAUCUCAGUACAAAACUGCCGUCAAGAGCAGCGAGAAGCUCCGUCGCAGCCAGAGGUUCCGGAAGAAGCACCAGGAGCCCGCUGCGGCCAGCGUCACUACCAUGAGUCAAAAGAGGGCUGCACCAAAAACUCAGGAAAAAGUGGAGACGUCAUCGACGACCAAAUCUACCUCAGCCAAAGUGUCGGCUCCCGAGAGAGCCAAGAGGAGGAGCCACAGCAGCAGCUCAGGCCACACCUCCGACGAGGACUCCUCAGGGUCCAAAGCUGCUUCCUCCACUCCCGACUCGGACAGUGAAAGUGAGUUGACUAUGAGUUAUUCUGAUGACGAGGAGCAUACCUCACGGCACCAUCGGAGUCGAGAGACCAAGGGCAAAGGUCGAGUCACCCAGAAGCCGGGGAAAAAGAAGAGGAAAAAAGCUGCUGACAGCGAGAGUGAGGAGGAGUUGUCUUCCAGCGAGGGGGAGGAGAGUGAGGGCAGGGGCAAGUCCUCCAGCUCCUCAUCCCGCCGCUACCCCAGCAGGACCAAGGGCAGGAGCACAAAGCUGACCCGGAACUGCGCCUCUGACAGGAAACGGCCAGAGAGCAGGGCCCAGAUGAAUGGCCACAGCAGAUCGUCUCGCCGGGAGAGACGUCGCCACAUUGCCUCGGAGAGAGCCCCGUCCCAGGACUCGGACACGUACAGGGAGCAGGAGGAGGAGGAGGACGUCGGCCGCAGGACCAUGACCAGGAAGACAGCCAGGGCAGCUGUCAGCAAGAUGAAGCUCCUGGAGGCUUCCGACGAAGACUACGAGGAGGAGGAGGAGGAGCCCAAGAGGAGCAGCGGCCGCCCCGCCGCCAGGGUCUGCAAGCGCACCGCCGUGAUCCAGAGCAGCUCCGAGUCAGAGGAGCAGCCAUCCAGACGGGGCUCUAAGAAAAGCAAGGCGUCCUCGGGUGAGUCAGAGGACAGCGUCGAGAGUGACGACGCCUCGUCGCGGUGUCAACAGAACGGAGGCAGUCGGAGCUACAAGUCGGGUGUCCGACGGACGAGGCUGGCUGUAGUGUUGGAGGAAAAGGAUGGUCCAUCCCAGGUGAAUGGACACAAAACAAAACCUCAGAGGUCUGUAAGUGACUCCGAAAAGGACAAAGCUGCCAAGGAGAAUUCCGAUAGUGAAGAGGAGGAGGAGGAGGAGGAUGAUGAUGAGGAAGAAAAAAAAGAAGAGGAAGACGCGGUCGUACCUCGGACGUCCUCGAGGAACACGGCGACCAUUUCCUUCACCAGCGAUGUGGAGGAAGAGGAGACCCGCUCCAGUGCCAGGGAAUGCAACAAAGUUCCGGCAAAUUCCGACGAAGAGGAACGCGAUCGCAAUGCCCAGAGGCAUCCUCAUCGAAAUGGGAGGAAGGUGGAGAAACAUCAUCUUAAAGACUCAAAGAGUCAAACACCAUCAAAAAGCCAAGAACAAACAUCUGCCUCAGCACACACAGCAAUGGGGGGCAAACAGGAAGAAUUCAGUGACGCUCCAAAGAGAUCGGGCAGACUCAAGAAACACAUGAAAUAUGAAGAGGAGGAGGAGGAAGACGAUGAAGCAGAUGGCAAUCUCUCAGACGAGGAAUCCGAGGUCAAACACAAGAGGAAGCACCCAUCGCAGAACAAGGGCAAACCAAAAAGGCCGAGACGCGACGCGACCUCCGCCUCCGAAAUGUCCGGCAAGGAAGAACUGUCCAGCAAGAGAGCGAGAAGGAAACAGUCUGCCGGUUCGUCAGACGACGACUUCAGCAAGAAAGAGACGUCCUUCCCCAGCAGACGGCCCUGUCUCAGAGCCCUUCCCAAGAAGAAAUACAUCAGCGAAGACUCUGAAGACGAUUCGGACGGCCGUCGGGACAAAAAGGAGAGUUCCUCUACUGCGAAAGACAAACCUCAGCGCGAUUCCACGAGAGCGUCUCCAGUAGAAGCAAAGCGCCCGUCGUCUUCCAAGAGAAAGCGCAUCUACACCUCAGACUCCUCGGACAGCGCCGACGGGGAGAAGCCACCUUUCCCCAAGGCCGAGAGCGACCGCGAAGACGAGGACGAGAGGGGGACGGAAAGGUCCAGGCCCAAAAGACCCAAUAGGGAACCUCAGAUCAAGUGCGAACCGGAGGGGAAGAACCGCCGGGGAGACGUGUCCUCGGGUCAAGGGUCGGACGACGAGGAAGCGGUCAAGCGCCAGAAAGACGGGAGAAGGCCCCGGCGAGGGGAACGCAAGCGAAAAGAAAGCCACAGCAGUAGCAGCGACCACAGUUUGGCAUCGGACCGCGAGGAGUCCGCUUCGGCCUCCGAGAAGUCGUCCUCCAGCUCGAGAUCCUACUGCAGUCCAAAGAGGAGGGGUCACAAGAAGGGGCCGAGGGUCAGCGAAAGGGCCGCCGCUCGCCAACCGAGACAGCGGCGCAGGGCGGCCUCGGAGGAGGAGGAGGAUAGCGAGGACUCGUACGCAAAGCCCCAGCGAGGAGCACGCGUCAGGACCAGAAACCGUGGCAAGCGGACAGUGACAUAUCAUGACAGUGAGUGAAGGACUUGGAACGUGGCGCGGGGGAGGGGGGGGGGGCAUGGUCAGAUGAGACACUAACUGGAGCGCUUGAUGACACUUGAUCACCACAUUAUGGUAGUAGCACUGGAGUCCUCUUGAGAAAAUGCUGUGAAUCUGUUUCAUUCAGGGAUAUUUAUAUUUUCUAUGAAAAAAGGAGAGCGAAAACCCCACACGUUUAUAAUGUCAUAUGAAUUGAAGCGUUUGAACUGCUGGGUUUCACAGGAUGUUAGAGCAAACCACAACUCCCAUACUGCUUUAGUGAUUUGGCCAGCUGAGUAACCAGUCUGAGGAGCUUCAUCAGCUUGGGUGCUAUCUCCAAAUACCUCGGUUUAAUCAAGCAUAUUUUGCUGGCUUGCACUAAGAUACACUGUAAUGAGGUAUUUCAUACACUAGUUUUGCAUUAGAAACUCAGGGGUCAACUAAGUUUACUGUAGUCUCAGACAUGCAGUUGUUUUUGCAAUGUCAAGAGCUAGAGUUAGGGACAGGAAACAUUUCUAGGAUGGCAGUUUCAGUCCAAGCACACUCACUGGGACAAAACAAAUCAACUUCACCCUUCCUAACGUCAACACUCCGUUGUAAAUCCACAUCAAUAUUUUCUUGACUGUAUUGUGAGCUGUUGAUAUGAGCCAAAAUGUACAAAUAGGAAUUCACAUUUCCCCAUUUCUUUUGAUAAUUUUUCAUAGGAUUUUUUUCUGUUCUUUUUCUCUUUUGUGUUGUGUAUUUUCUGGUCAAUAGGAUGUAAAUAUGUGAUUGAUAAUGGUGUCUUUUUGAAAGGAUUUUGAGGGUCAUUCUGUAGCAAAGUUUUGCUUAUUUAAAUUUGAGCAUUAAUUUUCUUUUUUUAUGACAUUAAAAUGCAUCGUCUUGCCAUGUGUCACAAAUUGGUACCUUUUGCCAAGUACAAGAAACCAAAAAGUACUUAUAGCAAAAUGCUGUGAUUUCUCAUAUUGGGAAGACAUUUUAGUGCAGUUGUGUUAUGUACUCUCAGUAUUAAAUUCCUUUCCAGUUAACUUUAAAGUUUUUGCCAGUCACAUAAUUAAGUCCUGUGUGCUUGGGGUGAGGGGGGUCUUGAAUUAGGCCCACAGAUGCAUUAUGACCUUUUUGCUUAAUGUUUUUCAUACACUUUAAUAAACAGAUUUCACAGAAAAAAAUGACACAAUAUGGUGACGGAGUGCAGAAGAGCUUAUUCUUCAUGUUAAUAAAGACAUCAAUUAAAGGUU